AUGGAUUUCACCAUGGGAGGAUUUUUACAAGCUUUGGACGAUUCUCACCAUGAAGAAAAACUUGACAAAGUGGAUAUUGUGAGCCAAAAUUGGCUUAUGAAUCAAGCUCAACAACUUGGAGUCUAUGGGGAUCACCGCGAAGGCAUUUCACGGAUGAUGGAAGAAUUUCUAAAAAUACAUGUUGGGCAAAGUCAAGAAGUGAAGCUACUUGAAAUUGCUAUCCAGAAAUUGGAGGCCGAAUUGAAUGCAAAGAUUGAGGCAUGUGAUGCUCAAUAUCAAAGGGUCAUGGAAUGUAAUUUUGAGAUGGUUUCAAUUGAAGAAGAGGUUAUGAUUGAUUUUCAAGAGCUAAUGGUAAAUUGCCAACCGACCAACCUAAAAAUAAUGCAAGAUGCCGAGAUUGAAGAAUUGAUACUAGAGUUGCAUAAAAAAGUUCAUGAGAUGGUUUUUGAAAACUCUAGUUCAUUUUUUGGUAAGGAUGCCCAAGAUGAGGCAAAUUUGGAAUUUGGGCGCAUUGGAUCACAUUCCAACCAUUUUUCCACAUUGUGCUUGGUUGAUGAUAUGGUUGAACUAACCGAGCCUAUGGAGGAUUGUGGAGAUGAAGAAGAAGAAAGCCAUUUUCCUUGUCUACGGAAGCUGAUCUCUCUCAUUCUGAAUCUGAUGCGAACACCAGAUUUCAGAGAGAUGCCAAAUUUGGAGUAUUUGGAUAUGUCAUUUUGUACUAAUCUUGAAGAGGUUGAUGAUUCCCUGGGGUAUUGCGGUAAACUCAUUCGGUUAGAUUUGGGUUAUUGCUCAAGCCUUAAGAGGUUUCCAUGUGUUAACUUGGAAUCUCUUGAAUAUCUGGGUCUAAUGUUUUGCUACAGUUUAGAGAAAUUUCCAGAGAUCAAGGGAAGACGUAAGCUGGGGUUAGAGAUUCACAUGGAUUACUUUGGGAUAAGGGAAAUACCAUCAUCUUUUUUUCAGUCUGGAGCUCAUCUUACCAAGCUAGAUUUGAGCUUUAUGAAAAACCUUGUAGCUCUUCCAAGAGGCAUUGGUAUGUUGAAAAGCUUGGUGGAACUAGAUGUGUCGUAUUUCUCAAGCCUUGAAAUCUUGCCAGAAGAGAUAGGGGAUUUAGAAAACUUGGAGAGGCUUGAUGCCAGGUAUACUCUGAUUUCACGACCUCCGUCUUCCAUUGCCCGGUUGAACAAGCUUAAAUCCUUGAGUUUUGAAAAAUCAAAAUUAGAAAGCCUCCAAGAUGGAGUGUGCUUUGUGUUCCCUCAGGUGAAUGGCGGAUUACACUCAUUGGAAUAUCUGGAUCUCAGUUACUGCAAUUUAAUAGAUGGAGGACUUCCGGAAGACAUUGGAUCCUUAUCCUCUUUGAAAGAGUUGAAUCUCAGGGGAAAUAAUUUUGAGCAUUUGCCUCAAAGCAUAGCCCAACUUGGUGCUCUUCAAUCCUUGCACUUAUCAGAUUGCAAGAGGCUUAAAGAGUUGCCAGCCCAACUUGGUGCUCUUCGAAUCUUGGACGUAUCAGGCUGCUUCCAGCUUACACAGCUACCUGAAUUUGUACAACAAUUAGAUAGAAUAGAUGCAGAUUGGAGCAAUGAUUGGAUCUGUAAUUCGUUGUUUCAGAAUAUCUCAUCAUUGCAGCAUGACUUCUCUGCUUCACAUUCCUUGUUACUAAGAGUGUUUACCAGCAGGUGGAGGGCUAUCCCAAGUUGGUUACACCACCAAGGAAUGGAUACAACUGUUAUCCCAAGUUGGUUCCACCACCAAGGAAUGGAUACAAGUGUAUCUGUCAAUUUGUCUGAGAAUUGUGCAUAUGCUGAGGAGUUUAUGCGGAAGUUGCCACAGUUUGAUCAACAGUUGGUUAAGCAAAGGCACGAGACUGAAGAUGUUGAGGAAAUGUAUACCCUACAGAUAUAAAGAUUCACCGCAUUAUCAUUGGUAGAUGAGGAUGCCUUAUAAGUUCUUCUAGAAGUCCACAGAGAAAAGGCAAAGGAUUGUUAUUUCCCAAAGGACAGGGAGGUUGGGAAAAAGAUGAAAUAAUUGAAGAUGCGGUACAGUGCAGGAGUGGAGGAACCUGGAGUACGAGGGGAUGUUAAGAACCGGUGACACUGCCUAUGAAGGGCACAUAUUUCCUCUGUUUGCAACAGAACAACUAGGCUAUUGGCCUGAGAAAGAGAUUCGUGAAAGAACUUGGAUGUAUAGAGAUUUCACCACGUUAUCAUUGGUAGAUGAAGAUGCCUUUGAAGUUUGUCUAAUAAAUCCACAGAGAAAAGAUGAAUAUUUCCCAAAGUUCUGACAGGGUGGUCGGGAAAGAGAUGAAACAAUCAAAGAUGCAGCACAAUGUGAGACAAUGGAGGAAGCUGGAGUACAAGGGGAUGUGAAGCAAACUGGGAAGAUGGCACUUUGAGAACAAAACCGGUGACACUGCCUAUAAAGGCACAUGUUUCCUCUGUAACAGAAUAUCUAGACUAUUGGCCUGAGAAAGAGAUUCACAAAAGAACUUGGAUGAAUGUGCACGAAGCAAGAAAACUUGCAAAAACGGUUGGGUGAAAGAGGCCUUGGAGCAAUUAGUAAGUCGCCUCACAUCACAAAGUAAACGGGACCAAAGGGGAACUAUGUCCAGGAAUCCAGUGUAGCUCCAACACUCGAGCUCAAAUACUCUCUCGCCCACCACCAAGUUCUACUGAAGAAGAAUAGUCUCCAUUGAUAUCUAUUGUCAAAUGUUACAUGGUGGAAGCAGCUUGUGAAUAGGAGUUAAGUACUGAAAAUGGUCAAUCCAGCACGGCGGAUUAAGUAGUUCCUUCCCAGGAAUGAGCGGAACAAAAGAAGUACUAGAUGUAGUCAUUGGAGUAUAUUGUUUGUUUGUUUUUAUCUCAGAAUUGGAGUUUGUGUGACAUAAUAGAGAUGUAAAACCAGAGCCGGCAAAUGACCUUUGCAUACUGGCAAGUAGAAUUUUUUUAAAAAUAAAUAUAUAUUAAAUCUUGAACACCCUUGACGAAA